AUGGAUUCAGGAUAUGCAGAAGAGGAGAAGAAUGGAUCCCCUCCUGUGCGUCUAUCUUUCAAUUCCCCCCACUCCUUUUUAGUCAAGGCACUCUAUUCGAAUUCGUUCAUAUGUCAAGUGUCAUCGACCAACAUGGCAAAUUACCGGACCGCGUACGCUUUUGCAAGGGAAAUGCACCCAAAAACUGAAAAAGCAGACAUCCAAUAUGGUACUUCAGGAUUUAGAACGAGGGCUAAUAAAUUGGGCUACGUUAUGUAUCGUAUGGGAUUAUUGGCGGUGUUAAGGGCUAGAUAUAAAAACGCAACAAUUGGAGCAAUGAUAACUGCAUCUCAUAAUCCAGAACAUGAUAAUGGAGUGAAAUUGGUAGAUCCACACGGUGAAUUAUUAGAACAAAGUUGGGAGGAGUGGGCGACUAAAUUUGCGAAUGUUGGUGAUGAUCAACUUGAAGCAAUUAUAGCUGAAAUCAUUAAAGAGUAUAACAUCCCAAUGACUGAAAGGGUUCAUAUUUACGUUGGUAAAGAUACCAGACCAAGUAGUCCUAGUUUGGCAAAAUCCUUAAUGGACGGAGUUUUGGCUUUAGGUGGAAAACCGGUCGAUUUCGGUAUCGUAACGACCCCACAACUGCAUUAUUUCGUCGCCUGCAAAAACACGAAACAAGAAUACGGUGUGGCUACCGAAGAAGGUUAUUACAACAAAUUAAUCACCGCGUUCUUAAAACUUAGAAACAACGGAUACACUAAAGGAAAUUACGUUAAUAGGAUAUUUUACGAUGGUGCUAAUGGUGUGGGUGCUAAAAAAAUUAAACCAUUUAUUGAACGAUUGGGGCAAACGUUAAAAAUUGAAAUGUAUAACGAUGAAGGAAUCGGAACCGGAAAAUUAAAUCAUUUGUGUGGAGCUGAUUUUGUUAAAUCACAAUUAUCAUUUCCAAACGGUGUCCCACCAGAGCAAAACGUUCGUUGUGCCUCAGUGGAUGGAGACGCUGAUCGCGUCGUUUAUUAUUUCAUUGAUGAAAAUGGCCAAUUUCAUCUUUUAGACGGCGAUAGAAUCGCUACUUUAGUCGCAGGAUAUUUAAAGGAUCUCUUAUCAGAUAUUGGACUUGAUUUUAAUUUAGGUUUAGUUCAAACUGCCUAUGCAAACGGUGCCUCAACAGAAUAUAUUACUAAACAAUUGAAUGUUCCUGUGGCUUGUGUAUCAACAGGAGUCAAACAUCUCCAUAGUAAAGCUUUAGAUUACGAAAUUGGUGUAUAUUUUGAAGCAAACGGUCAUGGAACAGUUAUUUUUAAAAAAUCUGUUAAAGAUAAAAUCAAAACAAUCUUAGAUAACGAAAAUUCAUCGGAAACUCAAAAAGAAGCCGCAAAAAGACUAUUAAUUUUAAUCAAUUUAAUCAACGAAACUGUUGGGGAUGCGAUUUCCGAUUUACUAUUAGUAGAAACGAUUUUAUUGGCUAAAGGGUGGGACGUUAAAGAUUGGGAAUCAAUGUACACCGAACUACCAAACAGACUACUAAAAGUAACCGUUCAAGAUCGAUAUAGUAUAACCACGAAAGAUGCGUCUCGAAUUUGUGUUACUCCCGAGGGAUUACAAGCGGAGAUUGAUGCUUUAGUUGCGAAAUAUAAUAAAGGAAGGUCGUUUGUACGUCCCUCCGGUACUGAAGAUUGUGUUAGGAUAUACGCCGAAGCUGAAACAAGGGAAGAUGCGGAUAAAUUGGCUGUUGAAGUUGCUAAGAAAGUGUAUGAGAUGGCGGGUGGUAUUGGUGAUAUUCCCGAAAUAAUAACACAAUAGAGAAAAGAAAUUGAAGAUAAAACUCAAUUUUUGCAUUUUACUAACCGCUUAUCUCGAAUCACGCCACAAAAAAAAAUAGUUAUACCUACAGGCUUCAAUUAUUCAUCUUUUUUUUCUUAUUCUUUAUAUUACAAAAAAUUUUGAAAUAAUUUAAAAACAAAAAGAAUAGUUUUAAAAAAUCAUAAAAAUAAAAUAGCAUGGUGAUGGUAUAAAUUCAUUUUAUGUCUGUAUUAGGCUUUAUGAACCCAUCUGAAAUUAUUGGCCUCACGUGAUACGAAAAUGAUUUUAUCGCUCUGCCAUAAACAUUUGGAAUCGUCCAUAAAGUCCUAACUUAUGGACACAUUACAUAAAUAGCAACUUUUUUCUACUUUUGUAUCUUUUACUAAUAAAAAUAAGGAUAAAGAGUGCAAUAUAUACACGUAACUCCUUUAUUAUCUAUCUUGUA